AUGUCACAAGAUACUGACAACCAACUGUUGGGAGUCGUGUUACUCGUCCGUCACGGGGAUCGUCAAGGAUUUUAUCAAGACCCUGACACCUAUACUGCAACUGCUACGCAGAUCACUCCUCUGGGCAAUCAACAAGAGUUUUUGCUCGGCAGCUACCUACGUUCAUUAUACUUGAAUGAGUCAUCGCCUUCGUACAUCCCUGGCAUGAGCACAGGGCUAUUCAAUCCGGCCCAGGUGUACAUUCAAGCAGACUUUGGAGACGAAAAUGGUGUCAUUUAUGAUUCUUGCGUAUCAUUAACGCAGGGACUUUGGCCUGCCACACUCUCAAACAAUAUCACCCUUGCUAAUGGGACAACGAUCAUGGCUCCCCUUGGAGGGUAUCAGUAUAUACCUAUUGAGACUGUGGAUCCCAACCUGAGUAUAGCAUUGGAAGGUUUCGCUAAUUGCAAUACCUUCAACACGCAUACGACAGAGUUUUACAAUUCAUCUAUCUUUCAAGAGAUGGCUACACAAAGCGCAGCUUUCUUGGACUUGCUGCCUCCUUAUCUGAAUGGAAGAUCGGUCCAGCUGGAGAAUAUGUGGAAUAUAUACGACUUUAUGAAUGUGAAUGAUAUCCACAAUGCCACCUUUGCCAACGCUCUCCCAGCCACAUACCUAGCUCAAGUACAAACUUUGGCUAAUUGGCACGAGUACAACGUCUUUAGCGACCAGUCCAUCUCAGGCGUCGGGAACAUUGCCGGUUUGGCUAUUCUGCCAUCGAUUCUCAAUGGAUUUGCAGACAUCACGAAUUCUACAAGUCCCGUGCAGCUAUCGAUUACCGCUAUUUCAUAUAAACCUUUCCUCUCCCUCUUUAAUAUGACAGGUGUUGCUAGUGCAAACCCGAGUCUUGCAGGCAUUGUCAACUACGCUGCCGCCGUUGCUUUGGAAUUGCGUCAACCUUCUGGGGGUGGUGAACCUGUGAUCCGUUUCAACUUCAAAAACGGAACUGACGCAGACUUCGUGACAUACAACUUCCUCAACCUAACAGGAGAUGUCCCGUUAUCUGCUUUCAUCGAUGCUAUGGCUCCUGUCGCAGUAAACACCACGGCAACUUGGUGCAGUGUUUGUGCCAACGACCAAGACAGUGGUUGCGCUGCUCUUGCUCUUGCGACAGAACAAGGAGAAGCCGCUGCUCGACCCAAAAUCAGUCCAGCUGGAGCUGGCGUCCUUGGCGCGGGUUUGACUCUUAUAGUUGUUGCAUUGAUGGGCUUCACCCUGGCUUUCCUCGGAGUAUUGACGAUUAGUAGGUUUGGGAGGCGGCGGUCAAGGCAUCCUGGCGCAUUCGAACUCAAAAAAGACGGCGAAAGCAUAUGA